UCGAGUACAAAGCACCCCGGGGACCAGAGUUUUAUCUCGGGGAAAGCGUUUGCACACUUGUGGCGCGGCUUUUUAGUGGGGUUUUUUACGGGGGCUGGGAGCAGGCUGCGGCACCCUCGGGCUGCAGCCGAGCGGGGAGCGAUGGGUCCGGGAGCCGCUCCGCACUACAAGUCCCGGGGCUCCGCGCGGGCACGGCGGGCAUGCGCGCCGCCGCUCGGCUGGUGCAGGUUGCGCUGAACCUGGUCGGACCUGAGUGGCAACCGAUGCGAAAGUCCAGCCCGUGUUCCGGAAGAGUUGCUCAACUCCAGCGAUCGCCGAAGGAAUAAUGCUCGAGUUAAGGAGCCGCCUGAUAUAAUGGCUGUUGAAGCUGUCCAUUGCAAUAACCAGAAUGGUGUGGAACACGCAGUUCGUGCUGAAGAUGUAAGCCUACAAGUACUUGGUGAUCCAGAGGUCUUGAGUUCAAACGAUGACAAGACGUUAAGAAUUGUGGAAUCCAGUGAUGCCCCAAAGAGUCUUCAUGUGCCGGAAACUGAGUCAGUGAAGUCAAACCCUGGUCAAGUGAAGCUAAGUAAACCAGUAGCUUUAUGGACUCAGCAGGAAGUCUGUAAAUGGCUGAAGAAACACUGUCCCAAUCAGUAUCAGACCUACAGUGAGUCCUUCAAACAACAUGAUAUAACAGGUCGAGCGCUCCUACGAUUGACUGACAAGAAGCUGGAAAGAAUGGGCAUCGUGCAGGAGGCACAGCGACAGCACGUGCUGCAGCAGGUUCUGCACCUCAGAGUCCGAGAGGAAGUGCGGAACUUGCAGCUGCUCACUCAAGCAGGUAUUGUGCAACAAACUUCAAGAACAAGGCGGCCAUCGGUUAGCAUUCAGAAGAGAGAAACUCUGAGUGGUGAGCCUGGGGAACUUGAAGAUAGAGGAGCAAUUCGCAGAGCCUCUCUGGGAAGUUCACCGUAACUCCAGGAUUUUGAAGCUCUUGUUUCUCAGUCAUGAUAUAAAGACAGAAAACCUCUGGCUCUCCGUUCUCUGCUGCGCUGCAGGGUGGUAUCUGUGAACUACUGGAAAAUCACUGUACUGAGCAAUUUCUCCUGAAACUUUUACAAACUGAAGGGAUUUGUGAUCCAGAUGUACGUCACCAUGUAUAUUAUUCAACUCUUCCAAACUCAAAGACUCUCUAAGAAUUUCAAUUAUUUAAUGGUCACUAUUUUUAAGAAGUAGUUAGACACUUAACUAAAAAGCUUUGAUUAUCCCGGUCUUGUUGCGUAAUAAAGGUUCAGUUUGCGUGAGGUUCAGAUAAUGCUUUGCACCCGUAAGUUCUUCCUUUUGAUGUCAGAAGUUGAUACUUGUUUUAUCAAAGUUAUGGUCAAAGUAAAAUUAUUAUUUAUUAUGGUAGUAUGUUGUAAUAUACUACCUUGAGAUUCAUUUUCUUGCAGGCAUUUACAAAAAAAUAAAAAUACUGUAGAAUUUAUGAAAAGCGAUACAUAACAAAGACUGACCAAUGUGCAAAAGAAGACAAAACGUGCAAAUAGUAAAUCAUAUUGAGAACGUGAGUUCUAAGAGUCCUUGAAAGUGAGUCUGUAGGUGGUAGAACCAAUUCAGAGUUGAGGUGAGUGAAAUUAUCCACGCCGGUUCAGGAGCCUGUUGAAGAGUAAUAACUCUUCCUGAACCAGAUAGUGUGGGACCUGCAGCUUCUGUAUCUCCUGCCUGAUGGUGGUAGUGAGAAGAGAGCAUGGCCUGAAUGGUGGGGGUCCUUGAUGAUAGAUGGUAUUUUUCUGUGGCAGAGCUCCAGGUAAAUUUUAGAAUUUUAGAAAUAAUAUAAUAAUUUUAGGAAUAAUAUAAUUAAAUAAUGAUUGCUUGCAAAGAGAUACCAACCAGUAGGAGUAAGGGGUAAGUACAGUUGUUAUCCCCUUUGCAUUUAAUAGAGUGUUAAAUUGAAAAUAAUAUCUGAGUUCAGAGAUCAAAGUUCAAGUUCAAAGUAAAUUUAUUAUCACCAUAUACUGCCCUACCCUGAGAUUCAUUUUCUUACAGGCAUUCACAGUACAAUGAAGAAAUACAAUAGAAUCAUCCACCACAGUCAGGGUUUCUGACCAAAUCCAACUUAAAUUGUAGGAUGUAAAAUCUUUCCUAACGUUCAUUCUGUUAAAACAAAUUAGUCAUUUAUCACCAGUGUUUCCCCUCGUCAUUAUGCACUUAAGAGAAAUCCUCCAUCUCAAUUAGACAUAACAUCCGGGAGUAUAAACAGAAUUGGAUUGAAACUGACAUUUAUUUAAAGGAAAAUUGCACAGCAAAAACAGCAAGUUUUAAUUUAUUUAACUUGGUCCGACACUUUGUCAAUUCUACAUAAUGAGAAAAGUGUUGGUCUACUAUUAUGUGCCAUCCACAGAAUGUACAGCGGGCAAAUCAUAAAUAAUUGGGACACUAUGGUGGCGUAGUGGUUAGCGAAAUGCUAUUACAGCUUAGGGUGUUUCUGAGUUUGGAGUUCAAUUCUGGCUCCAGGCUGUAAGGAGUCUCCCCAUGGAAUGCAUGGGUUUUCUCUCACAGUCCAAACACAUACUGGCAAAGUUAACUUGUCAUUGUAAGUUGUCCCUUGUUUAGGUUAGGGCUAAAUUAGGGUUGUCGGGGGGUUGCUGGGGUGAUGUGGCAUGAAGUGUCGCAGGGCCUGCUCUGCACAGUAUUGCUAAGUAAAUAAAUAGCAAGUUUUCGUAAUUAACGACUGUUCAGAGUAUAGUCUUACUACAAUAAGCUGAACUGUAUAAUGUAUUCCUUUUUUAAACAAACUGUAAAUCACCCAAUUAAUGAUGUGAUGUUGUAAUCCAAUAUACACUCAGUGGCCACUUCAUUAGGUACGGGAGUGGAACUCCGUGUGGUCUUCUGCUGCUGUAGCCCGUCCACUUCAAAGAUUGACAUGUUGUGCAUUCAGAGAUGCUCUUCUGCACACCACUGUUGUAACGUGUGGUUAUUUGAGUUACUGUCACCUUCCCGUCAGCUUGAACCGUUCUGGCCAUUCUCCUCUGAUCUCUCUCAUUAACAAUGCUUUUUUGCCCACAGAACUGCUCCUCGCUGGAUGCUUUUUGUUGUUUGCGCCAUUCUCUGUAAGCAGUAGGGACUGUUGUGAAUGGAAAUCCCAGGAGAUCAGCAAGUUUCUGAAAUACUCAAGCCACCCAUCUGGUACCAAAAAUCAUUCCACAGACAAAGUCACAUUUCUUCCCCAUUCCGACGUUUGGGGUGAACCACAAUUGACCCUCUUGACCCUGCCUGCAUGUUUUUAUGCUCUGAGUUGCUGCUAGACGAUUGGCUGAUUAGAUAUUUGCAUUAACGAGCUGGUGUAUAGGUGUACCUAAUACAGUGGCCACUGAGUGGAAAGAUGUGAUUUUAUAAUUUACUUCAUAGUCUAAAUGAAAUGUCUAGCAUUUUGGAUUUGCUUAUUUUCUGAGUUUAAAUGGUUUAGCACGGACUAGAUGGGCCAAAGGCCCUGUUUCUUUGUUGUACUUUUCUAUGACUAUGAAUUGAAGAAUGCAUUAUUCCUAUGAAGUCAGCUUGCAAAUAGCCACCUGUUUGAUUCAAGUAUUUUUAGUGGAUAUUACGCAAUGGUUUUUCUUUUGUUUUUAAUUUAAUAUAAUCUGCAUGUGGUAACUUGCAUACAAAAAGAUAUGGAUGAGCACUGAACUGGCUAGGAAAUUGGGAAAAGCACAGGAGAAAGAGGUGAGAAUGAAGUAGGCUCAAAAAUUGACAAAGUAUAACCCACCCAUGAGUUUCAAUGUAUAGGCUAUAAUUAAAAACUGUACUUAUCUGAAUUGGAUGAAAGAUCAGAAGACUCAUGUCCAAAUCUACCAAGCUCUUGAAUGUGGCAUCACAGGUAGAUAGAGUUGUAGAAUAAGCUUUUAGGCACAUUGGCCUUCAUAAAUAAAAGUACUGAGUACAGAAGUUGGGAUGUUCUGUUGAAGUUGUAUAAGAUGUCAGUGGGGCCCAAUUUGGAGUAUUGUAUGCAGUUCUGGUCACUUACUUAUAGGAAAGAUAUCAAUAAGAUUGAAAGAGCGCAGAGAAAAUUUACAAGGACGUUUCUGGCAUUUGAGGACCUGAGUUAUAGGGAAAGGUUGAAUAGCAAAUAAUUCAGAAGGUGUGCAGCUCAGGUGGCUGAUGGUUGGGUUGAGUUGUUCUCCAAUCUUGGCAACUUACUUGCAAACGUUUUGUCACCAUGCGAAGAGACAGCAUCAGUGCUCUGUUAAUUGUGAUGUGUCAUGGGAAUGCUUGGCCUUUAUAUACUUAUCUAUCAGCAUAUUGGUCAUAAUUGACACAAUUAACAGUGCACUGAGGGUGUCUGCUCAUAUAGUGUCAAAAUAUUUGCAAGUAAAUUGCCAAGAUCGGAGGAUAAUUCAACCUAAUGGUCGAAUAGGUUAGGACUUUAUUCCCCAGAACAUAGAAGAUUGAGGGGAGAUUUGGUAGAGGUAUACAAAAUUAUGAGGGGUAUAGAUAGGGUAAAGGCAAGAAGGCUUUUUUUCUGCUGAGGUUGGGUGAGACUAUAACUAUAGAUUAUGAAUUAAGGGUGAAACGUGAAAUGUUUAAGGGGAACAUGAGGGUUCUUCACGCAGGGUGGUGAGAGUGUGGAGUGAACUGUCAGCACAAGUGGUGGAUAUAGGUUGAUUUCAAUAUUUAAGAGAAUUUGGAUUGGUGCAAGGAUGGGAGAAGUGUGGUCCAGGUGCAGGUCAAGGUUCAGCAUAGAUUAUAUGGGCCUAAAGGCCCGCUUCUGACCUGUAGUGUUAAAGACUCUAAUGAUAAAAAGGUGAGUAAGAUAGUACCUAGUGAUAAUGGGGCACUAACUUGCAAAGAUUAUUUGCAAGUUGAACAAACUGUGGCAUCUGGAUAAUGUAAUUGAAGUGUCAUGGAUAAUUUCAAAUGGAAUAUUAGCCCUUUAUGUCCAAAAUCAAAGAUUAUAAAGGGAUAAGUUCAUCACAAUUAUGCAAAGCACCGGGAGUACUGAGCAACACACCUUAAGCAGCAUCUAUUGUUCAUGAAGAAAAUACUAUUAAAUAAAGAGUUUGGUCUUUCCUGAGUGAAACUGGGAAGAACUUUUGCAUGGUACACAUUUGAAACUCUUCCUCACAUGUCGAUUUGUUGGUAAGUUAAUCGAUAAUUUUAAAUCUGAGGCUGAUAAAUUUUUGUUGCCCGGGUCUUCACCCGAGGGAAGUGAAUCAAUUUUGUUCCUACAAUCCUAUUUGUUGUCUAUACAAAUAUGCAAUGCAGAGCAAUUAUACCCUAUUAUAUUGACCAGAGCACACAGCCUCAUGUCCAUUUAGAAUAUAAUUGAGAUAUAUUAAGAUAAUAUAAGAUGAGAAGGCAUUUCUUUAGUGAUGAAUCUGUGGAAUUGGUCGCCACAGGCAGCUGUAGAAACCAGGUAUUUAAGUAUAUUUAAGGCAGAGGUUGAUAGAUUAUUGAUUAGACAGGUCAUUAAAGGAUACGGGGAGAUUGUGGCUGAGAGAAAAAAUGGAUCAGCCAUGAUGAAAAGGUGGAGCAGAGUUGAUGGGCCAAAUGGCCCAAUUCUGCUCCUAAAUUUUAUAUGGUCUUAUAUUCAGAGAGUGCAUCCAAAUGGACAAAUAGCACUACUAAAUUCCAUCUCCUCUGACUUGACUUUGAAAUGAAAACUGCUAGCUCAUACUUGAAAGAGACAAAUUAAGAAGAAAGAAGGAAUUAUCGAACUAAAUAACCAGUGAAAGUGUAAAUGCCUUCCUGCUCCUUUGUUUCGUGCAGUAUUGCUGAAAGAGGGGAAGGGUAACUCUUUGAAAUUCGUCAGAUACAGAGCCAUUUUAUUUUUGGGAUAGUUACACAUUGUACAACAAUGACAUCUAUAAUCAAACUUCAAAGUAAAUUAUAAUCAAAAUACGUACACUCAGUGGCCACUUUAUUAGGUUGGUUCUUUGUGGUCUUCUGCCGCUGUAGCCCAUCAACUUCAAGGUCUGACGUCUUGUGCAUUCAGUGAUGCUCUUCUGCACACCAACAUUGUAAUACAUGGUUAUCGGAGUUGUGUUACCUUCCUGCCAGGCCAUUCUCCUCUGACCUCUCUCAUUAACAAGGUGUGCAUGCUUUUAUGCAUUGAGUUGCUGCCACAGGAUUGGCUGAUUAGUAUUUGCAUUAAUGAUCAGCCGUACCCAAUAAAGUGGUCCCCAAGUAUAUUUGUGCCAUGAAACAUCCCUUCUUUUAGCCGUCUGUUCAGAGAUGAGAUUGCCAGUCUUUGCAGGCUUGAGUCUGGAAGAUAAGCAGGAAAAUCAGUCAGCUCUGAUCAUUGUCAAUAAUAUGUACUGAUGGUGUGUUUUCUCUUACCAUAAGUUAACAUGAGUCAUAACUUUUGACAAUGGGUUCUCUUUAACUCAAGGGAUGAAUUAGAUUCAACAAAGUGAAUUUGAAGGAACAGGAACAAGCUUGUUUUACACAAUAAUGGCCAAGGUGCUGAAUAUCAUUUCAUUAAACGUUUGCUAGAUGUUUGAAUGUUCAUUACCCUCCCCAUCGCAAAUGAAAGUAAAAGAAGAAACUCCGUAAAUUUAAUUGACAUUGUUUUGAGAUGGAAUGCCCAAUAAAAUUCUAUAAUACCACGUUUAUGAAAUCUUAGUUGAAAUCUGCUAACUUUGAUUGAAAAGAUGAAAAUUGGUGAUUAAAUUCAGAGUCGAUUUUGAAGGGUUCUUAGCAGUGUGGAAAAACAAAGGGAUGUUGGGGUCCAGGUCCUCGAAGUUGCUGCACGUGUUGAAAGGGUUACUAAGAAGGUGUAUGGUGUGUUGGCCACAUUGGUAGGACUUUUGAGUUCAAAUGCCAGGAGGUAAUGUUGCAGCUCUAUAAAACGUUGUGUUCAAUUCUGGUCACCUCAUUAUAGGAAGGAUAUGGAAGCUUCAGAGGAGGUACCGAGGAGAUUUACUAAGAUUGUAGGAAAUGUCUUAUGAGAAUAUGUCAAGCAAGCUCGGGCUAUUCUCUUUGAAGUGAAGUAGAGUAAGAGGUGACUUUGAUGGAAGUGUACAAGAUGAUAAGAGGCAUAGAUUGAGUGGACAGGCAGAGACAUUUUCCCAUGGUGGAAUGGCAAAUGCAAGGCUGCUUAAUGUUAAGGUGAUUGGAACAAAGAGUAGUGGGUGGGAGGGAUGUCCGAGGUUGGUUUUCUACACAGAGAGCGGUGGGUGCGUGGAACACGUUGCCUUGGGUGAUGGUAGAGGGACAUUUCAGAAACUCUUAAGCACAGGAAUGAUCAAAAAAUGGAUUGUUAAUGUGGAAGGGAAGGGUUAGAUUGAUUUUAGAGUUGGCACAAGUUGUGGACCAAAGCCCUGAACUGUGCUAUAAUGGUCUCUGCUGGAUUUCUUCCAACUCUUAUCAUCUGGUCCUUAGUCAUCAUCUCUGCUUCUUCCAUUUCCUGUUACCUCCAUCUCUAGUGGUUUAUUUCUUUUUAUUUUCUCCUUUAUUUUAAGUAAAUCCAAGUGACCUCAGUGUUUGGCUAACUCUAUAUUUCUGGUGCUGUUUAACAUAUUUGGGACUUGAACUGUUUAUCAGACCACUUCUCUGAACACUCAGUAGGCUUGAAAAUAUUUUUAUGCAUUUGCACUUGUCGAAAAAGAUUCUACAAAAAUUGUGGUUUCUGUUUGUAGAAUCAUUUUUUAAAAGUUUUUUAAUUUAAAAAGUUUCAGUAUGCUGAAUGAAUGAAAGUAUUUUUUUCUAUCUUGGUUUUCUAAGUUUUCUACUGCUUGUUUUCACUACUCUCUAACAGAAUUGUUAAAUAGCCAUGAGAGAGAAGAACAAAUGCAUAGAAAUAGUUACCAAGCAGUAAUCUCAUAGAGAAACACUUUGCUUGAGUACUUUGUAAUGGUCAUCAACAUGAACACGGUUACCACUCAAAAAUUGGUAGCAGUAAUUCCUGGUCCAUUAGUAGUUUAAGAUUUUCAUUACAGUGCAUGUUAGGACAGAUAUUGUCGACAGUGUUGAAAGAUUAAAUCACAUUGAAUGAAAAUAUGCAUUUUGUUUCCAGAAAGACAAACUGUGUUAAUGUCUUUUUGGGCACUAUUACACCAUUAUGCUACAGACUGUUUUUAAAGAAAAAUAAAGUUUUGCUAAUGCCAAUUGUUAAUAUUAUGAAGCACUUGUCUUUUCCUAUUAAACUGGAAAACUGUUCAAUCCAGUUAAGAAUUGUAUUGCUCUGGUAAAUAUCAUAUUUCUACAAAGAGGUUUAAAAUAAUGUGCUGCAAUUUAUUCCAUCCAAUCACUUGAAAUACACUCAAUGGUCACAUUAUUAAGUAGAGGAGUGGAACCCAGUGUGGUCUUCUGCUGUCGUAGCCCAUCCACUUCAAGGAUUGACAUGUUGUGCAUUCAGAGAUGCUCUUCUGCACACCACUGUUGUAACACAUGGUUAAUUGAGUUACUGUCACCUUCUUGUCAGCUUGACCCAGACUGGCCAUUCACCUCUGACCUCUCUCAUUAACACCAUUCUCUGUAAACUGUAGAGAGUUGUGUGUGAAAAUCCUGGGAAAUCAGCAGUUCCUGAGAUACUCAAACGACCCAGUCUGGCACUAACAAUCAUGUCACUUAGGUCACAUUCCUUUCCCAUUCUGAUGUUUGGUCGGAACAGCAACUGAAUCUCUUGACCAUGUCUGCAUGCUUUUAUGUAUUGAGUUGCUGCUGUACGAUUGGCUGACCAGACAUUUGCAUUAAUGAGCAGGUGUGCCGGUGUAGCUAAUAAAGUGGCCACAGUGUGUACGCAAACUAGAGUGAACUAGAGAACAGUGCAGCUCCAGAAGUUAAUAUCUGAAAGUAGACUGAAGGAGAGAAGAGAGAUGUACUGUAUUUAUGCAUGUAUAAAAAUGUGAUGUUCAUAAUAAAGAUGUAAUGGUUGUAGUAUUUAUAAUAAGCAUCAGUAGUUCUUUUCAUGUUGAAUGAGUGGCUGGAAUUUAAUAUUGUGCAUUUUCCA